AUGAAGUUCGGAAAGAGCAUCUGCGUACUCAAUGUAGGGGGAACCCGUUACGCCUUCACCCGUGAGGUGAUAAAGGAUUUCCCUCUCCGGCGCGUCAGCCGUCUGCAUGCAUGCGCAACCGAGAAAGAGGUUCUUGAACUGUGCGAUGACUACGACCGGGACCAGAACGAGUUUUUCUUUGAUCGCCACUCACAGGUCUUUAUGUUCAUCAUGUUGUACUUGCGCUCCGGUAAACUCCGCUUUGUCCCCGGAGUGUGUGAGCUUUCCUUCUACACAGAGAUGCUCUAUUGGGGACUGGAAAGCGUGCAUUUGGACUCCUGCUGCCAGAAACGCCUGGACGACAGGAUGUCCGAGAUUGGAAUUGACACUAUUUCCGAAAUGGACGUCGGAGUUUCGGGGGUUGACUCCCAAAGCUCGGGCGAACAGGUGCACGAGACUGCGCUCACCGGUCGCGCCAAAUGGCUCGAGAAAAUGCGCAAGACAUUCGAGGAGCCAAACUCUUCAAUAUUGGCACAGCUUUUGGCUUCAGUGUCAGUGAUCUUUGUGCUGGUUUCUAUGAUAAUGCUGUGUGCCAGCACCCUGCCGGACUGGGAUACUGCCAAGAGAAACAUUGUGGAGGAACACAGGACGGUGGAGGCAGUGUGUAUUGGCUGGUUUACAGCAGAGUGCACGAUACGCUUUCUGGUGGCCAGAAGCAAGUGUGAAUUCCUCCGCCAGCCGCUGAACAUCAUCGAUGUGAUUGCAAUCACCCCCUACUAUGUCACCAUGGCUCUGGCCCAGGCCGGGGUGCCUGAUGCUGGGCUCGGGGUGGCCGGGGUGGUACUGCGGGUGCUGAGGAUGAUGAGAGUGUUCUGGCUCAUGAAGCUGGCCAGACACUUCCUGGGCCUGCAGACUCUGGGGCUAACGCUCACACGCUGCUACCGGGAGAUGGUUAUGCUGAUGGUGUUUGUCUUUGUCGCCAUGGCAAUAUACAGUGCUCUGGCCCAGCUGCUGGAGCACGGGUUGAAUUUAGGAACACAGAACCCGGAUUUUGCCAGCAUCCCAGCAUCCGCCUGGUGGGUCAUCAUUUCCAUGACGACUGUCGGGUAUGGGGAUGUGUACCCUGUGACAGUUGGAGGACGGGUGCUUGGGGGAAUGUGUGUCGUGAGCGGCAUUGUUCUCUUGGCACUGCCAAUCACAUUCAUCUACCACAGUUUUGUACAGUGCUACCAAGAACUCAAACUGCGCUCUGCCAGAUACGCACGCAACUUGUCAGUGGAGUUACUGCAAUGAGCAUGCAUUUAUACCAAACCUACAUCAGAAGAAAAGUCAACAAACCCUAAGUGAUGUUCCUUUUGUGUAACUAGAUAAACUUGGAGUCCUCUGAUAAAAACCAUUUCCAUGAGUGAAAACAAGUUCUGUAUCCACUGAUGUGAAUCUGCUUCAACAUUUAGGUUUAGAGUUCUUCUUCACUUCACACACAAAGAAGUUCCAUGAAAAUCGUACCAGUAGGUUUUCUGUCAUCCUACUGACAAACCAACAAACCAAAAAUCAUAACCUCCUUCCUGAAGAUGAUAAUAAUGAUCAACUUCAUGCCCUGUCCUGUUUCCUGCCUGAGCUGCACCUGAUUUUAUUUGGCCUGUCUAGUUCCUGCCUGUUGUAUUGAUGAUCUGAAAUCAUCGUCUUCAACCAGCAUGCUCUGCGCCUGUCUCCUUAACAACAGAACUUGGUCAGGGGAAUAGGAACUCAAAUAAUUUUAUUGACAGCGGCUUCUGUUUACACUGUAUUCCCAUGGUUACAGCAUUGGCAGAGACGGCAGCUUUUUUCUAAAUGUUGCAUCCAGUGCUGUGUGUGUUUGCGCGUUUGUCUGGGCAUCAGCUUUUCACUUUGUCAAAGCUUUUCCCCCAGAUGGUACAAGUUACACAAGGCUGAUGUGUGACCUAGAUGCAUUGUGAAAUAUAGACAAGGAGUGAACAGAGAAGUGAAGAAGGGAUGAAAAAGGGGUGCACAGAGGGAUAGUAGGAGGGGUCUAAGGCAUGGGAUAAUGAAAUAUGGAGACAGGUCAGCAAGAACAAGGUGCUAGACUAAUAAAAGGGCGGCCGAUUUGACAGCGCAGAUGGAGUGUGAACUGGAGGAUAAAAGAUUCUGGGACAAAGAUGACAGAAUGUGUAGCAACCCUGAGCACAAAGACUGAAAAGAAAGAGAGUGUUUUGCUUCUCCAUUUGUGACUGAAUGUAAGGCAUUUUGUGUUUCUGUGUCUCCAAGGCAACCUCCAUCCUGCAACAUGUCAAUCAUAAUGGUGGUUGGUUUUUGUGUGUACACAAAUAUAAGCACAUAUCCACGCACACAAUUCCUGGCUGGUGCGCAGCAUUUUAUUACAUUUCGAUUAAUGGGAAAAGGAUAUCAAAUUCAUGAUUAUUUUGUGGUAAAAAAAUUAAUUAGAGGUUAUUGUUCUGACUUUCAUGAUGUUUGCAUUGUCGAUGAUAUGAUUUGUUGAAGCGACACAUGAUCCAAGUAAACAAGUCAACACCUCUCCCACACAACAGCCUUUCUCUGCAUCUCCUCUCCUCUUGCCAUCAACGUCCUCUUUGUACACAAAUGCACAUACAGACACAUGCGCACUCAUACACAAUUGCACAUCAAGCAUAAGCUCUUAUGUUGUAAAUUAUACAAUUAAUGUGUCUGUUAUUUAUCUGUCAGUCCUUACAUUUCAAGUCUGGAUUUGUUGUUUCCUUGUUAACGUUGCCGCCUUGUAUGAGUUUAGUGUGUAUUUUGGACAGUACACAUCUCAUCAUCUUUGUUGUUGUUGUUGUUUUAUCAAUGUGCUUUUAGUCACAAAAAAGAUAAUCAAUGGUUUACCACAUUCCCCACGAAACUUUCCAGCCCAUGUGACAUAGCUUUCUGCACAGUGAAUAUUAGCCAGGCUUGAUUGAAGCCAUCAAUCAACUUUUUCAUCAGUAGACUAUAAACUUGAAAUGAUGUGAUUAAUAUAUGAGCUUUUAUAAUAAAUACAAAAAUCUGGGCUAAUG